AUGUCGCCUUCCGUACUCAUGGAUCUGUCGGAUGACUUCACUUUCCCGGUCGCAAAAGCCCCUCCAUCUUCGAGCCGAACUCUGCUCCUCUCGCCACCGUCGCUCUCAUCCCAUCAAGAGAAAUUGACCGCAGUGCUGGCAAUGCACGAUAGGACCAAGACAGACAUGCAGAUGCUGGAUAGAUUAUCGCUCGGUCUGGUAUCCCUCCCACAGUCGACGUAUGACCUUAUCAUGAUCCUUUCCGACGCCGAUGGGACUCGCCGCGAAAGUCAGAAUUUAAUAAAUCGGGAUAUGCUCGCUUCGCUGGUCAAAGCCCUCAAAAGCGGAGGACAACUGCGCAGUCAGGAUGGACAAUUCGGUAGCGUUGAUGGCGUGGAAAAGAAUGAAGCCAUCUUGGCAGGCCUGUCAUUCCAGCCUGGGACGGGAUUUUCAAAGCCAGACUAUGGGGUGCAGGAGUCCGUUCCGUUGAAGUUUGGAAAGAAGAAGCCUGCGCAAGCCGUAGGCGGACCCAACACAACCAAUGGCACAGUACCGCUCGCGCUCAACGGCAAACGGAAGAGCCUGGAUGCGGUUCCUGAAGGGGUUGGGUUCGAUGAUGGGACAAAUGACUCGGACGAUGAAUUGAUUGAUGAAGAUACUUUGCUGGACGGGGAGGAUCUACAGAGACCUCUUAAGAUUCCUGUUGAAUGCAAGCCGAAGGCCAAGCGACGACGCGCAUGUAAAGAUUGUACAUGUGGACUCGCAGAAAGAUUGGAAGCAGAAGAUCGAGCUCGACGCGAGAAGGCCGAUCAAGCUUUGAACACGAUGAAAUUACAAGCAGACGACUUGGCUGAAGUCGACUUCACGGUGCAGGGCAAAGUUGGAAGUUGCGGCAAUUGCAGUCUUGGAGAUGCUUUCCGGUGCGAUGGAUGUCCUUAUAUCGGUCUUCCCGCCUUCAAGCCUGGCGAGGAAGUGCGUCUCUUGAACAACGAUAUCCAACUUUAG